CCGAAAUACAAACAUUAUAGCGAACGUUUGCUGUAGAUAGGGUUUUGUAUAGCCCUAUCAUAUCAGGUUUUCAAUUAGGUGGAAUCCUUUGUAGGCGGCGUCUCGCAAGGUACUUGAACUUUUAUUCACGUCUGGUAUCCGUUUACGGUACAGGCGUAAUUUUUUAUAUAUCUAUUGAUUUCUAUUCACCGUUAUGCGAUUAUAAACUGUCACUUAAUAGUUCGUUGGCUAUUUUUAGCCGCGCUUUUCGGCACAUUCGCCGCUUAAGCUCAGUGUGUGACGAUGGCAGGUCCCUGCUUGGGCGAGUUCUGUGAUUCGAUAUCACUGGACGCCGUGGGCGCCACGGCAACCAAGGUUGUGAGUUUGCGAAAUGUUGAUUUACAAUGCUUAUUGGAUGCCGAGGAAAGCACGUGUUCGCCAUUCUCAGACGUUAAUGAUCUGAAGAAGAGCGAGUCGAUGUUUUCUGAUGACCCGAAUUAUUUGUGGUUUGUGAAGCAGCGUGCCGACCGUCUUCGUGGCUCAUCCCUGGGUGGUCGUAGUCAGCGUCGUAACUUGAGCAGUAGCCAUGGGAGUGACGUGAGUUCUACUUGCGUGAUGGUGAACAUCAAGCACGACACCUGCGUGAACUUAUGUGACAAUCCCAGUGACAUGUGGCACGGCCUGAAGAUGUCUGAUGGCACUCCCGUGGUGAUUCGUUCAAAGCGUUUUCGUCCAAAGCGGUAUGGUGAUGGCACUUAUCGCAAGUCCACCGGUAAAGGUUUGGGUGCGUAUCGUGUAGCGAAAUCAGCUCGCGUUGACGUGUCGCGUCAGACCUCUGAGGACCGUCGCCAUGAUGGUCGCAUUGGCCCUAUUAACUAUGGUUCUGGUUUUCUAUCACUGCAGCGUUACGUCGGUCGCGGCGACGGUGCUAGUGCAAUAUACCGUAUGAACGGUGUGGACGCGCGGGUGGUUCACAGCUCUCGCCGCAAAGAGGUUAUUGUGCGUCGGCGACGUUUGCAAGUGCAGAACAAGUUGGCUAAGGCUCGUGGCGUACUACCUUCUGAGAUAGGUACGGGGACCUCGGUGCUGUAACGUGCAUGUUUUUGCGCACGAGAUACAUGAGAAUAGCA